CUUGUUCGACUUUCCUCGGACUUUUCGUACCAUCUUCGGGCGCUGGUCGCCUUUGCAUACACCCUCCCUCAUCAUUCGCAGGCGACCAUCCCGGAGGGAAGCGCGUCUCACAGCAUGCGCCCUUUCAGGACAACCCGUCAGCUUGCAUGGAUCAUGCUGCUGGCUACCAUUAUCCAAGCAUGCUCAGCGCUACCUGCACUCAUGCGCCGGCAGGAGGUGCUCCUGAUCGGAAACGCCGGCUUGCACGAACGCUCAGCAGGUCAGAGCCUGGUCGUGCUCCCCAAACUUGGCUCGGUGCUGGGCCAUGCCUCCUCCACCUUUGACCCUCCGCCUGCGCUCGCCUUUGCACCUCGCAAGAGAUCGCUGGUUCAACUGCUCGAGCUCACUCCGCUGCAAGGUAUAGUCAGCGCUUUUCAUCCGCACGCACCUUCGGAGACGGCAGACAGGGUACUGGAUGGACUGGUUCGAUGCAGCAUGAUCUCGUCCGGAAUGCAUCGCAGGUCUUUACCUUGCAAAGGAGCUCAGGUAAGCUUGAACUCGCUGGUUGGGACGACGCCUGCAGGUGAUGCUGCAUCCGGAGCCAAGACGCGGCAUAACGGAUGGGAAACACACACAGAGAGAGAGAGAGAGUGAGAGAGAUGCGGAUGCGCGGCAAGAGUCGGAGGGUAGGCGACGAAGCGGAUGGAGCGAGCCUGCGAUACCGAGGCCUCUUCUGGUGAGACUUUAGAAAGAAGGUGCAAAUGUCAACGUACCUCACACCUCGCAGCAUCGACCCGACCCGACCCUCCGACACACACACACCGCAUUCCUUGUCCC